CGUGACGUCACUUCCGUCCGGGCCUGGCCGCGGUUCGGGCUCCGUGGGCCGAGGGGGGGGGUACGGAGGUGGCAGCCGUGGGAGGAGGCGGCGCGGGAGGCCGAGAAGAGCAAGCCCGGACCAAUCCCGCGUCUCGGGCCGCAACCCCCGAUCCUGCAGCGCACCGAGAGGCUAGACCGGCCGGAUGGGCCGCUGAGCCCGAAUCGGGGACCGUGUGGAGCCCCCUGGAGCUAAAGUCAGGAUGUUCCGCUUCAUGAGGGACGUGGAGCCCGAGGAUCCCAUGUUCCUGAUGGACCCCUUUGCUAUUCACCGUCAGCAUAUGAACCGAAUGUUGUCAGGUGGCUUUGGAUAUAGCCCCUUCCUCAGCAUCACAGAUGGCAACAUGCCUGGAACCAGACCUGCCAGCCGUAGGAUGCAGACUGGGGCUGUCUCCCCCUUUGGGAUGCUGGGAAUGUCGGGUGGCUUCAUGGACAUGUUUGGGAUGAUGAACGACAUGAUUGGGAACAUGGAACACAUGACAGCUGGAGGCAAUUGCCAGACCUUUUCAUCCUCCACUGUCAUCUCCUACUCCAAUACGGGGGAUGGGGCCCCGAAAGUCUACCAGGAGACAUCAGAGAUGCGCUCGGCUCCAGGCGGGAUCCGGGAGACUCGGAGGACUGUACGGGACUCAGACAGUGGGCUAGAGCAGAUGUCCAUUGGGCACCACAUCCGAGACCGGGCUCACAUCCUCCAGCGCUCCCGAAACCACCGCACGGGAGACCAGGAGGAGCGGCAGGAUUAUAUCAACCUGGAUGAGAGUGAGGCCGCAGCAUUUGAUGAUGAAUGGCGGAGGGAGACGUCCCGGUUCCGGCAGCAGCGCCCCCUGGAAUUCCGGCGGCAUGAGGCUUCAGGGGGUGGGGGACGAAGGGCUGAGGGGCCUCCCCGCCUGGCUAUACAGGGACCUGACGACUCCCCCUCCCGACAGUCCCGCCGCUAUGACUGGUGAAGGCCCUAGGCCCUCAGCCUCUCUUGUACAGGCUGAGAGGCUGAGAAAUCCUCCCCUGGAAUAACAUUUUCCUCUCCAACUCCCACUCCCAAUUUAAUAUUAAAUUAACAGGCAAGCUGGCCCCCACCUCUCCCUGGGGGUCUCAGGGAGAACCUUUCACUGCCCCCCUUUACCUACUUUUUCCUUCUUUAAUCCCCUACCAUGAUGACUCCACUUCUCCUCUAUCUGCUAACUUGAUUUUUCAUUUUGCUGCUCCAUCUUUGAAUCUCCUCACCUUCCCCAUUCUACCCUUGUCAUGCAUUGAAGGGGCUUUUGGGGUGAGCUCUGGGUUUAGGGGCUUCCUCCAUCCCUCAGCUACCUUGGGUCUUUUGCCACCUCCUCCUCAGAUCCCCCCUGCAGGGGCCAUAACCUGCAUUUGGGGCUGUGUGUGGAGGGAGAGGACUGGCUCCCAACCCUUCCCCCCUUCUCCCCCAGCACAUCACAGAAAUCUUCCCUACACCUUUCUUUACCUUUAUUUUUUGAUUUGUGCAACUUGGAACUAGGUGUUUAUGGAAUAAAGGAGAAUGGAAAAAAAAAAAAAA